AUGGCUCCCACCUGGGUUAUAACAGGCUCUUCCUCGGGGAUCGGGUUGGCACUAGUCCGCUACAAUCUCGCUCAGGGACAUAAUGUGAUUGCGACUUCUCGCAAUCCUAGUAAAACUCCAGAUCUCGUUCGAGAAGUAACUUCCCACCCGAACGGACGAUGGCUCUCCUUGGACGUCACUUCGCCAAAGGUUGAAAUUGAAAGGAUCCUCCAAGAAGCGUGGAGGGAGUUUGACGGCAUCGACUUUCUGGUAAAUAAUGCCGGAUACAGCGUUCUUGGUGCAGCGGAGGACAUCCCCGAGGACCGAGCAAAAGAACAGUUCGGCGUAAACUUCUGGGGCGCGGUACGGACAACCCAAGCAAUACUGCCGCUCAUGAGGUCUCGAAAAUCAGGGACGGUCGUCAACAUCUCCAGCGUGGCUGGCGUUGACCCUCUGCCGACUUGCGCCAUCUACUCGGCUAGCAAGUUCGCCUUGGAGGCCUGGUCGGAGUCACUGUCAGAGGAAGUCAGACCCCUAGGGGUACGUGUCUUGGUCGUUGAGCCAGGCGGAUUCCGUACCAACUUUUUCAGCGAUGCAACGAUGCAGUUCGUACCACCGAGCUCUGCCUAUAGCGAAGGCCCAAGUCCUGUGUCGCGGACACUUGGCAAGUUCAAAUCGAUCAAUCCCACGACGUUUACAGACCCUAUAAAAGCCGCUCAAAGGAUAUUCGAGGUUGUGGUGGGCGUUGGCAUGGGCGAACAGCUGUCCGAUCACGUCUUGAGACUGCCAUUGGGGCCAGAUUGUUAUACCAGGGUUACAGAAAGCCACAAGAAGCGACAGAGAGAACUAGAAGACGUCAAAGCUAUCGCAUUGAGCACGAUUUGA